UUUUUCAUUUGUCUUCUGGUUUUGUUUAGUUUUGCCCUCGACAGCUUCCAUACACCUGCUACACACCUGACGUUAACGUGGCGUCUGAACGUUUGUCACCCACCGGAGCAAAUCUACCUUCAAAAACCAGGUGAAUGAACUCAUUGUUAACUCGCAGGAGGCGUUUAGUCACCGAGUCACAUAAAGUUUGACCUGGGGUCAAACUUGCUGUUAGCCGGGUGGGAUCAUCGAAGCUAACGGAGAGAAACAGGCGGCUUCAGGCGGUGUGACCCCGUCUCAUCCAGCUGAACUCAUCCCGGGGACUUCGUCAUGGAUCUUAAAGCGGACUCGGAGGACAUGGACUACAAGCGGCCGGCUCCUAUCGAAGUUUUCGCCAGCAGGUCCACGCUGCACGGCAUCUCGCACAUGUUCACUUAUGAGCGGAUGUGUAUCAAGCGCAGUCUGUGGAUCCUGUUCUUCCUGGGCUCCCUGGGCGUGCUGGUGAUGGUGUGCGUGGACCGGGUGCAGUUCUACUUCCAGUACCCUCAUGUCACCAAGCUAGACGAGGUAGCAGCUCCGAUGAUGGUGUUCCCCUCGGUCACCUUCUGCAACCUCAACUCGUUCCGCUUCAGCCGAGUGACCCGCAACGACCUGUACCACGCUGGGGAGCUCCUUGCCUUGCUCAACGGCAGGUAUGAGAUCCGGGACCCACACCUGGUGGAGGAAAAUGUCCUGCAGAUCCUGAAGGAGAGGGCUGACUUUGACAACUAUAAGCCCCGCCCCUUCAACAUGCGUGAAUUCUACGACCGAACGGGACACGACAUCAAGGACAUGCUGCUUUCCUGCUACUACCGUGGCAUGGAGUGCAGCGCCGAGGACUUCAAAGUGGUGAGUCCGGCAUGUCAGUAG